GAUCGCAAGACCAGCACGGGGCAGAUCCAGGUCGAUGUGCCGUGCUACUCCCCAACCGGGAGCUACAUCGACAACUCGGCAAACAUCACCUGCCAAGAGGGGGACCUCAUCCAACAUGGGUACAACUGCACCCCCGCCUGCCUACCGGGCUUCGCGGCAGAUGUAGAUGAGAUCACGUGCCUCGACGGAGAGCUCGCGCCCCCAACCUUCGCGUGCGACCCGGACAACAGCACCGUCUGA